AUGUUGCUGGCCCUACUCCCCGAAUCGUGGUCCUCGCUCAUCAUCAACUUGAAUCGUGACCUGCCCCGCCUCUCGCUAAAAGACCGAGCAUCGGCCGUGGAUAUGGCCGAGGAAGAGGCAAAGGAAGAUGGGGAGGAAGGUUUCGUGGCAGCAACUUCGGCGGAGGCCGCGAGGAAGGCGGAUACGGCAGCGACGACAAGAGCUACGGUCGCGGUCGCGGACGAUUUGACGGCGAAUGUCACUAUUGCGGCAAGAGCGGACAUAUGUGGCGCGAUUGCUUCAAACUCCCUGAAGGAUGGACCCCUGCUCAAGACCAAGAGGGUAGAGGAGCAGGAGGAGGGAGAGGCAGAGGCCGUGGAGGCCGUGGCGGUCGCGGAGGUGGAGCCGCGAACAUGA